GCCGUAUCGUCAGUUGAAUUCAGAACUGCGAAUCAAGCACUCUCAAAGCAAUACAAACUAUCUUUUCUCAACACUACAAAUCAAUCGUACAAAAUGUCUCUGCUGCCAUACUUCUUUGACGAUUUCGGCUUCAGGCGUCCUGGCAGACUCUUGGAUCAGCACUUCGCCCUCGCUCUGACGCCUGAUGACAUGCUGAACGUUGUCGCUGGUCCUCUACUUUCCCGGGAGUACUACAGACCCUGGCGCCACCUCGCUGCUGCUGCAAGGGACGCUGGCUCCAGCAUCAAGGCCGACAAAGACAAAUACCAGAUCAGUUUGGACGUACAGCAUUUCGCACCUGAAGAAAUCUCCGUCAAAACCGUCGAUGGAUACAUCGUGGUUGAAGGCAAGCAUGAGGAGAAGAAAGACGAGCAUGGAUACGUCUCUCGUCAGUUCGUGAGGAGGUACGCGCUGCCUAAAGGUUGCACCCCUGAGACGGUGGAGUCUAAGCUGUCGUCAGACGGCGUUCUUUCCAUCACCGCGCCGAGGAAGGUUCCAGAAGCAGUCAAGGGUGAGAGGAAGGUGCCUAUCACUCAGACUGGCCCGGUUCGCAAGGAGAUCAAGGAUAAGAACGAGGGCACCGAGCAAAAAUCCGAAGAGUAAAACUGAUCUAACGCAUCAUUCCUAAACGCUUUUAAAUUUAAAAAUGGCGGUGCCAUUAGACUGAAUUGUUGUAAAGCACGUAUGUACCUUUAUUUAUAAUUAAUAAGCUUUAAUAAAGUUCCUUUUAUAAUUAUUUUAAA